AUCAAAUAAUCAUGAAAGAAUAGAAAGAGGGAGUGGAUCUUAAUUUUUCAUUCAUGGUUUCACCUACCAGUUAGCACUGUUACAAACUCUUAUCCAUGUGGUAUGGUAAAUAAAUGAGGUUUGUCCACCAUUUUUGUAGAUGUUAAACCCGAUGAAGAAGCUGAAAAGCUUUUACAAACACCUGAAAUACCCAGCAAUAACAACGGAGCGUAAGUGGAUAUUUCCACUUGCUGUUGCUUCUCUAGUUUUCCUCUUCAUCUUCUUUAUCACUACCUUAAUUUCACCAAAUGCUACUACUCCUCUACUGCCCCCUUCCUCCGCCUCCAUUUUCGUCGAAUCAAAGCUUCAAUUGUUACCUAUUUCCACAGUCCCUGCCCCUCCACGUUUCGCUUAUCUCGUCUCCGGCUCCGCUGGUGAUGGUGCCAUGCUGAAGCGUACCCUUCAAGCUCUUUACCACCCAAAUAACCACUAUGUUGUGCAUCUUGAUGCUGACUCAUCGCCUCAAGAGAGGCUUCAUUUGCAUAAAUUUGUUGUCAAUCAUCCAAUUUUUAGGAAAUUCAACAAUGUGCGUAUGAUUACGAAAGCUAAUCUUGUGACUUAUCGUGGACCAACUAUGGUAGCUAAUACGCUCCAUGCUGCUGCUAUAUUGUUGAAACAAGGUGGGGAAUGGGAUUGGUUUAUAAACCUCAGUGCUUCUGAUUACCCACUUGUUACUCAAGAUGAUCUUAUUCAUGCAUUUUCGGAUUUACCACGGGAUCUUAACUUCAUUGAUCAUACUAGUGAUAUUGGAUGGAAAGAGUUUCAGAGGGCCAAGCUCAUUGAUCCGGGGUUGUACAUGAAUAAGAAAUCUGAUGUUUUCUGGAUUACACAGAGAAGAAGUGUACCAACAGCUUUCAAGCUUUUUACAGGGUCUGCUUGGAUGGCCCUUUCUCGACCCUUUGUUGACUUCUGCAUAUGGGGAUGGGACAACUUGCCUCGAACUGUACUUAUGUACUAUGCAAAUUUCAUCUCAACUCCGGAAGGCUAUUUCCACACUGUUGUUUGUAACGCUCAGGAGUUCCGCAAUACCACAGUAAACAGUGAUCUACACUUUAUAUCGUGGGAUAACCCUCCAAAGCAGCAUCCUCAUUACCUUACUCUUGAUGACAUGCAAAAGAUGGUUGACAGUAAUGCCCCAUUUGCGAGAAAGUUUCAUCAAGAUGAUCCAGUGCUUGACAAGAUUGACAAUGAACUCCUGUUUCGAGGUCAAGGCAUGUUUGUCCCCGGUGGUUGGUGCACAGGGAGUCGAGAGAACGGGACAGAUCCAUGCUCCGUAGCGGGUAAUACCACAGUCCUUAGACCUACUGCUGGGGCAAAGAGAGUGAAAAUUUUGACAGGCUCUCUCUUAUCAAAUGACAGUUUUCGAUCCAGGCAGUGCAUAUAAUGAAAACAAUUUUGAAAGUAGACUUCUUUCUGAUAGUCUUCAUAUAGGGAAAGCAGUUGAUGUUAUGAGUUGAUGGUUUUUUUUCUUGAGAGUGAAGACUUUUUUGAGCAUACACUAUCAUUUGCUUCGAGAUUCGCAGUCACGAGUUAAUACUGCAGGAAAAAGUGCAAAUGUAGAGUAUUGCUCCAGAAAAGCGAGGGCUCUACCAACGUUCACCUAUUUCAACUGUAUUGCUAGGGAUUUGCAAUUCCCUUAUACUGAAGUUUUUACUUACUAGAAUGGAUAAUUUUUGGAGUGAGCCCUCGCGGAAGGAAGUAUCUCAGGUUUGUUACCCCUUUAAUGUGUAACGUAUCUGGUGAGAGUUUCUUUUUCUUGUAAACAAUGUUAAAUAGGAUCUAGUCUAUGCAAAUAAUUUGAUCGUGGAAUUCUUUGUGCUUUUUUCCCACUUGUUUUGGAGGUUGAGGGGGAAGGGAGUUUGUUGGUGGUGAUUGAAUGUAUCAUAAUCUGCUCCUGCUAUUGUUUGGUACUAUCAUUGAGUGAAUUUCUUAGACCUUGUUACUGCCUGCAUGAAUUGAAUAUUUAGCAGCUUACACUGCCUAUGUAUAAUUGUUCGAACUCUUUGGACAUAUACAAAAUAGAGUAUUUUUGUGGUUGAA